UUUAAUUUUGUGAUUGACUGAUGUAUAAAUAUGGUUUUGAUCACUUUUAUCACAACAAUUGAAAAUGUAUUUUACGUAUAGUUUUUGGAAGGCUAGAAAAGUGUUUUUAAUCAAAUAUUAUAUGUAAAGGAAUUGUAUGAAUUUAUUAAAAAAAAUGUUAACGUGAUAUGGAGUUUUAAAUUGCAUGCAUACAUAUGUAUGUAUGUUACAUGUGCAUAAAGUUUCCUAACCUCUAAACCCUAAUUCAUUUCAUUGGGUUGUACUUGCGUGCCAGCUUUAUUUGUGAAGUGAUACGUUUUUUAGGCUACAUUGUUGUAAACUGUAAUUCAAAUAUUAGGUUAGUGAAAAGCUACAUAAUGGAAUCUGAUGAAAUUACAUGGAAUAUAGUACCAAAUACAGUUGCAAACAGAAUGAUAGAUUCCUCUUUGUUACACAAACUGGUACCAUGUAGAAGAUUACGUCGCAAAAAUAAAGCUAUGAAUGCUGCAAUUAAACAGUAUCAAAGCAUAAAGACAUAUAGCCAAUAUAUUAAAAUGAAGACUUCAGUUCUUCGAAAUGUGGCAGAUGACAGUGAAACAGAUUGCAAUGACACUUUCACUGAAGAUGAUUAUAGUAUUCUAUACAAAUCUGAUGUAUCUUUAUCAAAUUAUAUAAAAGAGACGUUAGAAAAGAAUAGAAGAUAUUCUUAUGAAGUAGAAUCUGAGACUGAUGAAGAUGAUAUUAUAUCUAAUGUAAAAUCUAAAAAAACAAUCAUAAGAUCUGAAAGUACGUCUCCUAUAAAUUUAGGAUGGCGAAAGGUUGUUAAGAGAAAAUCUCAAAAAGCUCUUUCUUUGAAGAAAAGGAUAGAUGAAAAUAAAUUUACAUGUGAUAAUGAUGAUACUAAAGAAGCUUUUUCUGUAAUCACUGAUAAUGUUCAAAGUAAUAUACAAGGUAAGACAAACACACCUCAUAAAUAUUUUAUAGAUUGUAUUAAAGAGAAUGUUUUAAAUUUAGAAAAUCAAGUGUCAGUGAAAGAUGAAACAAAUACUGCUACUGUUGAAGAUAUAUGUGACACAGCUUCAGAUUCAACUGAAAUAACAUGCAAUGCAACUACAGUACAAAAGGUAACAAAUAAUAAUGAUAAGUUAGAACAAUCAGAUCCUACAGUGAAUAAUAUCAGUGAAGAAUUCCAAUCAGAUAAGAAUUAUUGUUAUAAAAUGCUUGGAAGUCCUAAUAUAAGAGCACAGAAAAGGUUGUCAUUUUCAUUAUAUAAUGUUAAUGAAGUUUGGGAUACUAAUUGUGAAAAUAUGUCUGCAGAUCGAAAUUGUCCUAAUCAGGUAGAAAAAGACCUAAAUAUUACAGAAACAUUUAUGAACAUGCCCCCAGUUAUUGGUAACACGUACCAACUAAAAGACUCAGGUAUCGAUGAAGAUACAGAGGAAGAAAUUUUAGAACAUGGAAAAAAGCAUUAUAAGAAAUUUAAAAAUAGCACUCAAAAAGAAGAAGAAAAAGAUACAUCAAAUACUUCUUCCAUAGUAAACUCUAAAAAUAAUUUAAUAGACAAUGAUGAUAACUUGAAAUCUAAUACUUCUAAAGAUACAAUAUUACUUGCAAAUGAAAAUAUAGAUACAAAUCAGGUGAAAUGCAAACAAAAGAUACAAACAGAUAAAUUGCAACCCAAAGUUACUCAUACAGAAGUUGUUAAUAAAAAGUAUAAAAUAAUGUGCGAUAUAUCUGUGCUUAAUGAAAAUAUUGAAUCAGAAGAAUUAAGCAUAAAUGAUUCUUAUGAUGAAAAACCUGAGGUAAAGGAAAUGAAGCUGAUAAUGAAAGACAGUACUUCUCCAAUAAGUGAAAAACGAUAUCAACAAUUAAGGAGAUUAAAUUUAGUAGACAGUGACUCUAGUACCAGUGAGAAUGAUGAUAGAAAUUACAAUGUUGAAAAUAUGAGAGACAAGCUAUUCAAACGUUCCUCAGAAUUUUCUGAUGUAUUAGAUAAUGAAAAUGAUAACGUACAUCUUAACCAUGAAAUUUCAAUCCAGCUUCAUACAAAAUUACAAAGAAAUGAAGACUUUUCAGAACAGACUAACUAUUGCUUGGAUGAUGAAGAUAAUAUUUUGAGACAAUGUUCAAACAUUGAUGAAGAUUCAUCUCCAGAUACUAAACAAUUAUCAUUUGCUAGUAAUAAAUCUGUUCAACAUAAAUCAGAUUUAAACUGUGCAAUAAGUCGUAAUUUUGACGAAGAAAAACAUACGAAAGCAUCAAGUGAAAAGGACUUAAAAAUUGAAGAUAUGAUGCAGUGUGAGAAAAAGGAAUCAACAUGUAGACCAUACAAUUUACAGGAAUUUAUAGAGAAGGAAAAUUUGUUGGUUGAAACAACAAAGCCUUCAUUUACACUCAAAGAUGUAGAAGAAGAUGAAGAAAUCUAUAUUAUAGACAUUCCAUCUAAGCUACUUGAAAAUCAGUUACUGCAAAGUAAAAUAGCUUUCACAGAAAACACAUUGAAACUUGGAAAACAAAAGUACAGAGUUGAAUAUAAAAAUAUAGAUAAUGUGUCUUGCUUUCUUGGUACUAGAAAACGAAAAAAACCUUACAAAAUAGUAAACAUUAAACCAAUAUCGAGAAUCGUAGUACGAGAAAAAGUUACAAAAAACUCGCAUGCAAAAUUCUCAGAUCAGUGUUCUAAUCACAAUAUUGAUUCUUCUGAUGAAAUCAAAGAUGAGAUGAUGUUAUGAAAGAGACACUCCCAAACAGAGCAAAAUCUAUCACUCAAAAAAAGGUCUUUAAAUAUUGACGAAUAAAAUAUUUUAUUAGGAAA